UUUGACAUCUACAGCAGUGCUAUUGGACAACUUGUAUAGUUGACUCAUCAUUUGUUACAUAUACAUUCACAGAAGCGUAAAUCAAGCGUAAUUCUUCGCUACGAAUAAAAGUAAUGCGAAGAACUGUAUCAAAAUCUUUUGGUGCCUGCCUUUAAAACAUUUUAAUGAAUAUGUUUCGUCUUGUCGUGACAAGGGCGAAUUGAAGGAAUGUCCUGCAACACGUGCCAAGUGAAAUUUUCGUUCUUCACGAGAGACAUCGGUUGCCCGGGCUGCGGCUUCUCUUGCUGCAGCAAAUGUCUCAAGUACAAAUGCGAUAUUCCUGAUGUAGGGAGAAGGAAGGUCUGUGGACGUUGUCAUAACAAGUUGAGCAAUAUGAGGAAGUCGAGCGCCGAUGAUGCCACCGCGGACGAUCCUCGUACGCCUGGCGUGAACGAAGAGCCGCUCGCGCCAAUUGACAUCACUAUGAAGCUGGAUUCAUUGGAGAAUCCAGUGAAGCCUCCAAUAGUGAUAUAUAAACAUACGAAUCAUUGGGACAAACUCAAGAUGGGAUUGGAGCCGGCCGAUCAACAAAUUGUGGACAGAUUGCGAAAGCUAAAGGAUGAGGAACGAAAUGUUUCGUUGCCAACCGUCGGGCAGAUACAACAGAGAUUGGCAUUGUUGAAAGAUCAAAAUCCAGAGGCUGGUGGAAGUAACGUCAUAAAUAUUCAUCAAGUAGAUACUAGAACGGAUCAAGAAAAAGUGGACGAUUUGAUUCGGCAGUACGCUGCGGAAGCGCAAAUGGAAGCAGAUGAUUUGAGUGAGAAUGAGUCUUUAGAAGCGGAAAUGGACGGAGAGGAUUACCUUUCAGGAGCGCGGGGACCUUCAACUAGCGAUGUUUGUAAAGAUAUUGAGAAGAGGCUCAGCUCGUUACAAGAGAAUGGCAGUAAAACUCGUUUUGAUCGAGGCAUGAAUGUCGACAAGGAGAAAUGUGAUACGACAAGCAGUGACAAUAUGGAUUUGAUUAACAAGAUUUCGGCGAUGGAAAUAGAAACCCCUCCGACCAUAGAAGACGAGGAUGAGGACGAGGAUGAAAAUGAAUGCGUCCUGUGCUCGCGAACUGCGAACGAAUCUGACCUGUAUAGAUGCACAGGUUGCACUAGUGACCUGUACUGUCCCUCCUGCUUCGAGAGUUCUCACGAGGAAAGUGAAAUGAUGGACCAGCACAAGGCAGUUCGGUUUAUCAAGGAAGAUAAAGAUAAUUUGUCCUCUGCAAAGAUGAGCCUUAUACGAAAAUUAUUAACGUCAGAUAAGAAGAGCAGUCACUGAUAAUUCCAUUACUGCAUUAUGCAAAAGUCUUUUUAGAAACGAUUUUACGCUGCUUUAUAUCGUUGAUGGCAGCUGCAAUUGGAGACUACGCACGGGACUGUAAUUGAAAACAUUCGCUUCUAACAAACGUACAAAAAUAAUUGAUUCAAAAAAUUUUUCCCCCGAUUGCUUAACGUAGAUUCUUUCGGUCUCUGAAAAUUGAAAGUAUGCUUUAACACUCGCUUUUGGCAAUGUCGUCCUGUAAUUGUGAUAAUUCUUAUUCAUUUGUUAGUUUUACUAAUAUUAUACGAGAGAGAGAUAUAGUAAUGCACACUCAUGUACAAGGCAGUGUAGUCAGGCAUAGGUGAUAUCGCGUUAACAAUUAUAGGAGCGCCGUUCUUUAUAAUUCUUCAGAAUAAAGUUAUUUUGGCUAGUUACUUCGUAAACUUUGACACUCUCCUAAUUUCUUCGAGUUUCAAGCUCUAUGUUUUUAAAUUCGUAGUUCUAAUCAUUUUGCAUCGAACUCAUAUCUGGUACGAGAUAUAUAUAUAUAAAAGAUAAACGUCCGAAUAACUGGACAUGUACCUAUGUCCGAAUAUUUACACAAAACUUUUUAGUCUCAAAUCCUUUUUUUAAUUAUAAGUUUUGUGUCUGGACUUAGGUACAUGUACGAUUAUUGGAACGUUUUUAUCUUAUUUAUAUUAUGUAACAUUCUUGUGAGCAAUUCUUCAUCAAUAGCCAACUAGAGAUUUAUCUCUGAUACAAAUAACUAUCAGCAAUAAUUUCAAUCAGGCCUUUAAGUAUAUAUAACAUACAAACAGAAAGUAGAAGAAAGCACAAUCAGUACGGCCUUUAUGGCAGUUUAUUUUAGCUGAAAUUUUAAAAUAAAAAUUAAUACUACUAUUGAGCACCAACAUCUAGCCUCGGCCGUAUGUUGCGCUUUCUUCUACAAAUAGUGUCAUACGUGGUUUUUGUUAAUAUUUCUAGAAGAAAUUUUAUUAUUAUUUGGUACAUUUUUCUAAUAAUAUAAAUUUUAUUGAUGUUAUCAUAGAAAAUUAAUUCUUGGUUUAAAAUUCAGCUUUUGGGAAUAAAUUUUUCAUUAGUAUGCUAUUGUUGUAAUGCGGAAUGUUACGUUUUAUCCAGUUACAUCAUGAUCUCCAUAAAUAUUACGGUAAAUUCUAAUGCAUAUAUCAAUCAAUUAUAAAGUACUGUUAUAAGGACAAUUGAUCUUUAAUAGUAGUUGCAAGUAAAAACUGAUAAAAUUGGAA